UUUAACAGGUCAGAGUGCGUUCAGGGAUGAUAUGACGGUUUGUAGUAGACUGUCGGCUAUGUAAACAAUCAGGUGAGCGAUUCAUGAAUAAUGCAAUAUAUUGGAAAUCUUGGAGUACGAGCACGGAUAUUUCGCAAUCGCACUGGAAUGCGCCCAGAUGGUGGUUGUAGCUUUUUUCAAUACUAACGUCUAGGUGGUGGUAUAGAAUACACAGCCACCCGUUCGCUACCGUACAACGACGACAAGGGAGCACGAAAAUACUUUUCUCACUUCAAUGUACUUCACUAUUCUUUAACUCAAUUAUAUCAAGAUGGUUAAUACUACCUCACUCAGUGUGGUAGCAGCCACGCUCAACGCUGCCAACAUACCUACCUUCACACGUAUCGUGACUACCACCAUGGUUACUCCCACACUCGCUACAGUAAUAUCCACCACUUCGUCGACAAAAACCACUAUAUUCCCCACCAGCACUAUCCCCACAACCCUCGGUAGUCUCCAAACUUUCCCAUCCGAGCACAUUCAAAAUACACAAGGCGACUGUCGCCCUCAAGCUCCAGGCUACGGCCCUGUCCCAGAAGAAGACAACGUGUCGUCCUUCUACACGUCUCCAUUAAUUCGCACUCCAGCUCUAGAGGCUACCACACCCCAUGGCUAUACCCUCGCCUUUUGUGGGGCGAAUGCAUCAUAUGUCGGCACGAACUACCUUGGAUAUCACGAACUGGAAGCAUACAGUCCAACCGAGUGUGCGAGUAGAUGUCUCAUGUGGGGGAGAUCUAACCUAGACGGCGAGCCAGAAGUUUCAUCGACCACUCUGUUCCCAAACGGAUUCGACUACUCCGCUACACCUACCAGCACACCCACGUUACGUGCGCAGAUGUGCAACAGCUUCAAUAUCUAUUUUGAGCGCUCCCCAUCUAUUAAUCUGGGAGAAGAGUGUCAGGACGCGAAUAGUCGCACUAUCGUUAAAUGUGCACUUUGGGGCGAGGGAAAUAUGCGCGAAGAGUGUGCGACAAAUACAGGCUACAAGAACUGGAAAUUCGAAAUUGUUAUUGCGGGGAGCAACGGCUAUGUUUUGGGUAUGGGGAAGGAAAAGAGCAAUGAGGAGAAUUCAAAGACUUCUGAGGGUGAGAAGAGUGUCAAGGUGGAUAUGGUUGCAGCGUUCAUGAAUAGGUUUGUGGUGGGUGCUGCGCUGGCUUCCUUAAUAGUGGUGCAUAUGGAAUUUUGAGCUUGAACCAUAGGUACCUAGCUGUUCCUACGUGACUUCUCCAUAGUA